AUUUCUCAGUCUCAUCACUCUUAACUUUCUUUUAUCAUUCCCUCACUCAUUAAGGAGAUUCUAAUUGCCGAAAUUUCAGUGAGUCAACCCCGAGAAUCAGAAGAGUUACUUGCUGUUAUCAAAAAAAAGGCUGCCAUUUUUUUCAUCUUCUCCAUAGGUUUUUCUGUGUGAAAUUUUAUUUCUUGAAUCAUGAGUGAACAGGCCAAAACAGAGCUGUCAUGCGGGGAGUACGGCGGGGCUGUCCCCUGGUACCCCCUGAGAAAAUGGUGGCAGUCCAGCAGGCUUUUCAUUCAAGAUGUUGGCCUGCCACCUUUCCUGGAGCCAGGAGACCCUCGGUGGAUGGAUGUGGAGCGGCUCCAGAGGAGUCUGGCAACCUGCUCCUGGCCAGGGUACAUACCCGCUCCACUGUUUGUGCCCUACAUCUCUGGGUCGAUGCAUGAGCCCAGCCAGAAGAUUAGCAAGGAGCUGUACAAGUGGAGGGUCAGCCUGGACGUGGCUCACUUCUUUCCCUCAGAGAUUUCUCUCAGCGUCAGAGACGGAUUCCUGGAGGUUGGAGGGAAACACGAGGAGAGGCCAGAUGAGCAUGGAUUUAUUGCAAGAUGUUUUUCAAGGAAAUACAGGCUCCCAGCUGAGAUUGAUGCUACCAAAAUCGUAUCCACACUUUCUGUUGAUGGUAUCCUGUCUGUGGAAGCUCCAGUUUCCGAAACCUCCGUUCCUGCUGCCAUUAUCAUUCCCAUAAAGGUGGAGCUGGAUGUGACUGGAGAAAAACAGGAGAAAGAAGAAGCCCCUGAUACAGACCCAGAUAGCUGCAGAGCACCAGAGGCCCCAUGUUUUCCGUCUGCAGAGGAUGAUGGGGAAGAGUCUGCACUAAAGGUCCAUGGUGAUCAGGCCCACCCUGGCAGCACCACAGCUGGGCUUCAGCAGCAUGAAGAGAGUAGGGAACAGGAGGAAGAGACCCAUGAAAAGCCAGCUGGAGAUUACCGCCCUUCAGCACCUGAAGAUGGCGAAGGCAUAGAGAGUCUUCAAGAUUCUUCUAAGCACCAUGAAGCCCAGGAAAUCCAAGAAAAGCCAGACACAGAUACGUCCAAACAGCCAGAGCAUGAACCACAAGAACCAGCCGUGGGUGACGAGAUCCAGGUAAUGGCAGGGUCAGGGGAGGCUACUGAGGAGAUCACCCACCCCGAGGAGACGGCGCUGGGCAAGAGUCCACCAAGCGAGGUCCCAAGCCAGGAGCUGGAGGUCCCCGACAUAAAACAAGAACACACUGAGUAG